AUGUCCGGACUUCCCACAACACAGACAGCCAUCGUGGCGCAAGGGCCCGGAGAGCUUGCCAUCCAACAUGACGUCCCUAUGCCCACCCUGACUCCAGACAUGGCUAUUGUCAAGACGGCGGCCGUGGCUAUCAACCCCGCCGAUGCCAAAAUGCUCGACUACUCCGCUGCCGUAGGCGCCAUUAUCGGCUACGACUUUGCCGGCACUGUCGUUGCUCUCGGCACCGAGGCUGCUGCUUCCGGCAAGCUCGCCAUCGGUGAUCGCGUCGCCGGCCUCGUGCACGGGAUGAACAAGCUCUUGCCACAAGUCGGUGCUUUCAGCGAGUACGUUGGCGCGUCCGCGGACCUCCUGCUCAAAAUCCCGGAAUCCAUGAGCUUUGAGCAGGGCGCGAGCUUCGGCACUGGUGUCGCAACAGCGUGUCUGUCCAUGUUCAAGGAGCUUGGCAUCCCAGCCACUCUGGAGCAGCUUGCCAGCGGCGAGAUCGUCAAGGCAGAUGAUCGUGAUGGCAAGGAGUUUGUGCUUGUUGCUGGCGGCAGCACAGCCACGGGCACUAGGGCCAUUCAGCUUCUUAAACUUGCCGGCCUCCGCCCCAUCGCGACGGCGUCCGCCUCCAACUUCGCGUUGGCCGAGCGCUUCGGCGCCGAGAAGGUGUUCGAUUAUAACUCGCCAACUGCCGCCCAGGAGAUCCGUGAAUACACAGGCAACGAGCUUGCCUACACGUUCGACUGUGUAUCACAGGCGGACACCACGCAGCUCUGCUAUUCAGCCAUGGGUCGUGCUGGCGGGCGCUACGUUGCCCUUGAACCCUUCCGCGACACUGUGGCUCAGACUCGAGCACUGACGAUCGAACCGUCAUGGGUCAUGGUGCUCAGCAUCUUCGGCCGCCAGGUCGCACUGGACGGCGAGUACGGCCGCGAGGCAAACCCUGAGGACAGAGUAUUUGGUGGCAAGGCAUUCGCCGCCGUGCAGUCGCUGUUGGAUCGUGGACUCAUCGACACGCAUCCGGUCAAGCCGAUGCCCGGCGGCUGGGAGGGUGUCUGUGAGGGUGUCGACAUUAUUCGGACCCAGGCAAUGUCUGGCCAGAAGAUGGUCUAUAGCGUGGCAUGA